CUUCCACCAUAUUUGUUAUUCUUCGCGACCGGAUGAGUGUCUGUAUAGAAAAAAUGUUCUUAACUAAAGGAACUUGAAAAUGACUGGUACAAUGUCGGAAUUAAGCUAUCAAACGAUUCGUACUGCAAAUCAAGCAAGAGAAGCGGAUGAGUUACGAACAGAUACCAGAAAGAAGAAUCUGUUAAUUCUGGUACUUAAUUAUAUGUACGAAGAAGGAUAUGUGGAAGCAGCACAAGCCUUAGGAAGAGAAACCAAUUUAGACGUCAACAAAUAUGAAGUGUGUGACAACAUUGAUCUGGAGACCAUUAUUAUGGAAUAUGAGUCUUAUUACUAUGUCAAAUUUGCCAAGUAUCCGAAAAUUACCAAGAAACUAACUUCAAGUGCUGGUGAUAGAAGAGGACCCCCACAGAAAUCUACUAUAUCCCGAACAAACAGUGCAAGUUUAAGUCGAUGUCGUUCAAGUUUAGGUAAAAACUCAGCAUCUUUGACACCAUCAUUACCCAGAAUACCACAGAAUGGCCGACCUCCAAGUCCACCCCUGCAGUCAGGAAGACCUAAAUCUGGAACUGGUCGACAAACAAGACAAGUUCAGUCCUCUACAAGAAGACCUAAUGGACCAGAACAAAGCAAAUCAGACAAAAUGGUGAAUGGUGCUACACUGACCAAUGGUGACCUUGGUUUGACCUUGCAAGGGUUAACAGUACAAGGAAGUAAUAACAAUUCAGAAAGUCGGGUGGUGGAUGAACCUAACAAGAGAUUGAAUAAACCAGGUCAGAUAAUUGAUAUUAGAGCUAUGAUUAAUGAUGCUACCAAACUGAAUGCAGAGGAAGGAGUUGAUGGUCAGGACAGAAUAUUAAAACCUUUAGGUGGUUAUGUAGGGUACAAUAGUGAAUGGAGAGAACUCGCUCAGAGUAUUAGUAGGGAUAUAUUUGUUCAAAACAUAGAUGUAAAAUGGGAUGAUAUUAUAGGCUUAGAUCAUGCUAAAAGAUUGUCUAAAGAAGCUGUUGUUUAUCCUAUAAAGUAUCCACAAUUAUUUAGAGGUAUACUGUCUCCAUGGAAAGGAUUGUUAUUAUAUGGACCGCCAGGAACAGGAAAAACACUUUUAGCAAAAGCCAUAGCAACAGAAUGCCAUACCACUUUCUUUAAUAUAUCAGCUACAAGUAUAGUUAGUAAAUGGAGGGGUGACUCUGAAAAAUUAGUCAGGGUGCUAUUUGAGAUGGCACGAUUUUAUGCUCCAUCUACAAUCUUUAUUGAUGAGUUGGAGGCCAUUAUGAGUCAAAGAGGAUCUCAAGGGGGUACGAGUGAACAUGAGGGCAGCAGGAGAAUGAAAACAGAAUUAUUAGUACAGAUGGAUGGUUUGGCCAAAACAGAUGAUCUUGUUUUCUUAUUGGCUGCUUCUAAUUUACCAUGGGAGUUAGAUCAAGCCAUGCUUAGAAGAUUGGAAAAGAGAAUAAUAGUAGAUUUACCGACACUAGAAGCCAGAAAAGCUAUGUUUAAAUUUCACCUUCCAUCAGUAGUUAUGCCUAAGGAAGGAGGAUUAGAACUGUUAUCUAAUGUAGACUAUGAUGUAUUGGCAGCGAGAACUGAGUAUUACUCUGGUUCAGAUUUAAAGUUAGUAUGUAAAGAAGCUGCCAUGAGACCCGUCAGAAAAAUAUUUGAUGCACUAGAGAAAAAUGAACCAGGAGAGUUACAUCUGCGUUUAGACACUAUAACAACUACAGAUGUUUUAAAAGCUAUUGAACGAACUAGACCAUCUGCUAGUAUAAAUAAAGAGAAAUACACACAAUGGCAAAAAGACUACGAAUCAAUAUAGUUAUGGAGUAUCAUUCUCAAGAGAAAUACAUUCUGCGAUAAAACACCAUGGCAUGUGUAAAUGAUAGAGAUUCAGUCAAAGUGCACCUCUGUUGAACCAAACAUCAGUAUUCACCGAUUGAAUGUCAGAUGAUUGUGUGUCAAAUGUGUGAGACAGAAAAUAAAUCAGACUGUGUCUGAAUGGAAAGCCUGGAUGCUAUUUAUUACAUAUAUCACAUUGGUAUGAUUUCACCUGUACAUUUAAGUUCAGAUAUUUAUUGAGGAUUUAAGAAUGUUUUUUUCUAUGUAAACCAUAUGUUAAGUUUUUGUCAUAGAAAUGUUAUGGUGAAUUCAUCUCCCAAGGAGAAUACAUGUCAAUUUUAAAAAAGAUCUGUACUUUUAUAUAUAUUAUAUAACAGGUGUGUUUCAUGAAAUGACUAUUUUGUAGGGACCAAACUUAUUGCAAAUGUUAAAUUACUAAGCACAUUUUCCUAGGAUGCUUUAUUAUAAUUGAAUGUGUUAUAUUAUAAAAGUCAAUUUUAUUUUUUCGUUGCCUAAAAACUUUGUAAGGUCUUUAUUAAUGUCAUGAAGGAGAAAAAUAAUGAUAAACAGAAGAAAUCUUGUUUUCCAUAGUUUUAUAUUUAGAAUAUAAAAUACAGAAGUAUUGCAUAUGAAAUUCUACUUAAAACAUAAUACAUUAAAUUACUGGUCAAGAUUAUUAAGACACAAUCCUUAAAUAAAACGAAAGCUGAUAAGCUACAUCUAUUGACAAGCUGAUUGGUUCAUAUGAAACGCAAUGCAAAUAUAAAGUGCUGCUAUAAUUCCCUUGAUAGGGUCAAGUGUGAUACUGCUGUUCAAAUUCCCAAUUUUUAUUCUUGUUAGUAGACACAUGGUAAUGAUUAUUGUACUUUUUACAGAAAUGAAGAAAUUCAUUCAUUCUUCGAGAGCCUGGCAUUUGUAUCACUCACAAUUCCCAUUUUUCAUAAAGAAAAACUUUUGCAUCAAAUCAUACUUAAUUUAUUUUUUAAAUCAUACAUGUUAUAGUCUUCAUUAAAUUGACCUUUCACUGGUUAGGGCUGUUUUGGCAUUCUACAUUUAUUCUCAGCAUUCUAUUAAAAACACUAGUAAGAAAUGUUAUAUAUUUUGUGUUUAUCAAACAGCAAUAUGAAAAUAACAGAAACUUCAAUUUUUAGAAGUCAACAAAGAAUGCCUUGUGAAGAUGUAGCUGAAUCGUGUAUUCUGUUUAGAAUUACCUUCAUUUUUUUUUCAAGUAUAAUCUGUUGGUUACAUUCAAUACUUCAUUGAAAUACUGGUGUGUUUUGUUGAUACGUAAAUAUUUCUUCUCUGACACUCUUUCCAAAUAACACCAUUAUUUUUUUUUAAAGGUACAUAUUCUAAUUAAAACAUGAACUUACAAAUACUACCAUUUGUAAACUGAAAAUGUUUUGUAGCAUUUCGUCCAAGGCACCUACUCCGUUCAAAACAUGAACUUUAUAAUACAAAUACUACCAUUUUUUUUUUUUGAUUGAAACUGUUUUGUAGCAUUCCGUCCAAAUACAUAUUACUGUCUGUGAUAUUUUUGUUGAUAAUUUAUUAAUUUUAAUUAUUGUUUUUAUAGUAUUUAUGGUUGUUUCAUAUAUUUUGUACAAGACACUAAGAGGCUAUGCACUUGUAUCGUUUACAGUUAUUUAAGGAAAGUACUUGUCAAAGGAUUAUCUCCCUUAUUUUUACAGCUGGUUUUUUGGGUAGGAAUCGUCAACUGAUCUCUACUGUACAUGUCCAUUCUAACAUUGAUAAAAUAUUCCAGUUUUGGCAUGACAUUCAGGAUUUUAAACAGUUGUCAAAUGCUUUAAAUGUCGUUGCAAAAUAUAGGUAAAACAAAUUAAUAAGAAGUUACAUUUAAUAUUGUUCAUUAUAUGAAUAGAAAUUCAUCUGUAACAGAACUAUUUUUUUAUCUGUUAAAAAAUAUUUAAGAUAUGUUCACCCCAUCAAAUCACCAAUUAUAGAAGUAAAAGUUAAUGUGCUUGUAGCAUCAAAUGAGUGCAAUGUAGUUAUUUAUAAUUAUAUGUAAAUAAAUCAAUCAGUAUUAAAGUGUUGUGUAGUGAACAGUGUGUAAUAGAAUAGUCCUGCUUCAGUAUUUCUAAGUGCUGCAACUAUGAUAUUAUUGUGUUACUAGAUUUUUCUAAUGUUUUAAGGUUGAUUUAUAUUAAGGAAUAUAUUCAUGUGUUUAUUUAAGGGGAAAGAACAAUUCCUUUUAAUUGUUUUUAAUCAAAUUAAAAGAUACCUUUGAACCAAUUGGACACCAGUAUUUGUUCUUGCUAAUAAAAAUGGCUAAUUUAAAGAUUUCUUAUAUGUACCCACUGGUCCUUGUUAAUAGAAAAAUGAUAUUGAUACAAAAAUAUUAAAUCUAGUCAGAGCAAUUUUAUCUGUAUAAAAUAAAGAACACUUAAAGUUGUUGUUGUGUGCACUGAAAUAAAUGUAAUUGUUUUAUACAGUGAGAUAGGAUGUCUUCAGGUUUGAACUUUCUUUCCUGUUUGUCAAAAUGAGUGGUCAGUUUCAGUUUACAUGUUAUCUUUUUACAAGUCAGUUGGCAAAACUCUUAUUAUAAAAUUGCAAAUUUUAAGCAGGAGAAAGAAAGAAAUCUAGUCGCCACUGAUUUAGAUGGGUUUUUUUUAAAGUAAAGAUAAAUUUAUUGCAUCCAUAGCUAAAUGUUGUUCCUAGGAAAGUACUCCCUUGUAAAUUUACCAAUUACCUUUUGUGAGUAAUUGUAAACAAGUUUUUUCUUGUCAUUCUUCAUUUAAUAAAAAUACACUCCUGGUAAAAAAAAAAGACUUGUUCAAGCAACCACUGCUUUUAAUCUGUUUUAAUAAUUAAAUAAUGGAAUAGAUAUGCACAUGCAACAGCAAAUGUUAGAUAUAACACAUGCAUAGUAGAAUUUUUGGAGUCAUUUUUUUUAAAGAGGUUAACAAUAUAUAUUUUGAAGACAUAUGUCACUUGUUUCCAAUCUAGAUUUCAUGACUUAAUGACUGUGAAAUCUAAUAUUCAACCAUUAUAAAUAAUAACACAGACAAACACACUUACAUGUGAACAGUUGACCACAAUCUCAUAUUUUGAAAACAGCUUAAAAAGUUCAUUUCACAUGCAGAUUUGUUUUACCAAAUAUGUUUGAUACAAAGUCCCCAUGGUCAAUAUUAAUUUGUAAAACUUGACCAACAAUUUUGCAUACAACUAAAAGAACACUGGUUAGGGUUAAUGGGGUGAAUUGUUAUACACAAAUUUAUAUAUUUAUUUUUACUAUAUAAAAUUUGAAAACUUU